ACAGUGAGGAGGUGUAAAUACUUUACAGUCUGCAUUCAGGUUGUUGGUUUAAAUCUGCAGGUAUGAGGACAGGUGUAACAGGUUUACGUUUCACCCCUCACCUGAGAAACAGCAGGAAACAGUCAGCGAUUCUUGGUCUCUACAGAGAGACACACAGACGAUCGGAUUCACCUUCAGCUUCCUCUGAGUGAGUCCAGCUGCAGGAAAGAAAAGUGGGAAACUUCAAGCUGCUCCCAGUCCACACACUGAAGCUUCAUUCUCAGACCACAUGGCUUCCAGAUCAGAGGAGGAUCUCUGCUGUCCGGUCUGUCAGGACGUCUUCAGAGAUCCUGUUGUUCUGUCAUGUAGCCACAGCUUCUGUAGAGACUGUCUGAAGAGCUGGUGGACACAGAAUCCAACACACCAGUGUCCCGUUUGUAAGAGAAGAUCUUCAAAGUUUGAACCACCUGUAAAUCUGGUGUUGAAGAAUCUGUGUGAGUCCUUCUUACAGGAGAGAGACCAGAAAGCUUCAGAAGGUCUCUGCCAUCUGCACUCUGAGAAACUCAAACUCUUCUGUCUGGACCAUCAGCAGCCAGUGUGUCUCAUCUGCAGAGUUUCAGAAAAACACACCAACCACAGAUUCAGACCCAUCAAUGAAGCUGCACAACAGCACAGGAAGGAACUUCAAGAAACUCUGGAACCAUUAAAGAAGAAACUGGAGCUCCAGAAGGAAGUUCAGAAGAAGUUUGAUGAAACAGCAGAACACAUUAAGGUCCAGGCCCGACAAACAGAGAGGCAGAUUAAGGAGCAGUUUAAGAAGCUUCAUCAGUUUCUAGCAGAGGAAGAGGAGGCCAGGCUGGCUGCUUUGAGGGAGGAAGAGGAGCAGAAGAGUGGGAUGAUGGAGGAGAAGAUGGAGGCUCUGAGCAGAGACAUAGCAGCUCUUUCAGACACAGUCAGAACCACAGAGGAGGAGCUGAGAGCUGCAGACGUCUCAUUCCUGAACAACUACAAGGCUGCAGUGGAAAGAGUCCAGUGCUGCCCCCUGCUGGAUGAUCCACAGCUGCACUCAGGAGCUCUGAUAGACCAGGCCAAACACCUGGGCAACCUGGCCUUCAACAUCUGGAGCAACAUGAAGGACCUGGUCUGCUACACUCCUCUCAUUCUGGACCCAAACACUGCUCAUCCAGAACUCUUCCUGUCUGAUGAUCUGACCAGUGUGAGACGAGGAGAGAAACAGAAGCUUCCAGAUAAUCCAGAGAGGAUUGCUGGUUAUUACAUUUGUGUCCUGAGUUCUGAGGGUUUUAACUCAGGAACUCACAGCUGGGAUGUUUAUUUUGGAGACAGUAAACUCUGGGGACUGGGUGUGUUAAAAGAGUUUGUAAACAGGAAGGAAGGCAUGUGGUCUGGAUUGUGGAGAAUAUGGCUCUAUAAAGGUAAAUACUCAGCAGGGUCUCCAAGUUCUAACUUUUAUCUUCCAGUUAAGAAGAAGCUGCAGAGGAUCAGAGUGACUCUGGACUGGAACAGAGGAAAACUGUCUUUCUCUGAUCUUGAUACUAACACACACAUACACACCUUCACACACACUUUCACUGACAGGAUGUUUCCAUUCAUUGCUGCUGAUGAUGAAGUGAAGAUUGUACCUGUGAAGGUCUCAGUGAAGAAACAGCAGCUCUGAUGUGUUCAGUAUGAAGAACACAGAGUUCACAUUAAACCUUAUUGAUCUGGUUGAAAUUCACUGAUUUCAGGGUCAAACAGGAAGAUUGAAGCUGAAAUCAGAACAGGAGGAAAUCACUGAUCUCAAAGGCUGAAAGAAGUCAGUGGAUCAGCAUAAAUAUGGAACAGACUUCUGUUUGGGGAGGGCUAGAGGUUUGUUUAGUUAUUAGUUAUUGUUAUUAAGUGCCCGAAAAAGUCUUGAUACUCAAAAACCAUCAGUUGAGUGUGUGUUGGUCUGUGCAUGUUAAUCUGGAACAGAUAUGAUGCCGAUCAGACACUGAAGAUCAUGAAUUUAAGCACCGACAUUUGCAGGCAACACUUAUCACUGUUCACAUACAAAACUAUCACAAACAACUUCUCCUCUGACUUAAAUAAGAAAAAUCUGGGACAAUAUAAAUGUUGAGAAGCAUCACUGUUCAAUAAACAUGUGAUCAGUCAGAGGAGCUACUGUCUGCUGUUAAUUCUAAUUAAAACUCUUUGUUCUCUUCAGUUUGAUCAGUUUCAUGUGGAGUCUCCAACCUAUGUGUUAAUGUCGCAUCAGCUCCUUGAUGGAAAGUUUAGUUAUUUUGGUGAGACAGGUUCAGGUUCAUUUUACUUGUUAACAUUUUAUAUUUGUUCAUGAACAUGUUUCAGCUUCGUUUCUGUUUCUGUUCUCAGCAGAGAUAAUAAUCUGUACAUUCACUCUGUUUCCUUUAACUUUGUCCUGCUUGAAAUAAAUGUGUUUAAAUUCAGUCUGGAUCAACCUGCUGAGUUUAUAUAAUUUACUGUUAUUAAUGUGAAUUCACUCGAUCGAACAGCAAGAUGCAGAAAAACACGACCACACUGUUCACACACAUCCAUUCAUCAUCCACACACACAUUCUCACAGAUAUUAUAAAUAUGCAGAUAAUUUUAUAGGAAACAAACACACAUAUAAAACCUUCAUUAGUAUUGAACAGAUAAAUAUUAAUAAAGUAUCUGAUGUGCAAAUAUCUUGUGUAACAGCGACAGCUGGCAAAGCAGUUAAACAGCCGACUCUCAAAAUGAAAACAACUUAGAACUUUCCAGGUUCUGGUUUACAAAACAGGAUCAGAGUCUUUUAGAGGAAACUUCAGGUUUAUAUCAAGAUGUUCAGAAUCAUGAAGUUGGUUCAUUUCUUACCAGUUUGUAUCACCAUAGCAACAGAUGCUGGAACCAGCCUGUUCCACAGCAUCAGAUGAAGGACUUGAAGGCCAGGCUGUAGAAUAUUAAUGGAUCGUAGUUUCAGAGCUGCAGACCCACAUCACAGCUGAGAGUCGGCGGGUCUGAGUCUCAUUGGAAGAUGAUGGGAGGGAAUUAUUUUUUUAUAAGUGGUUUUAGCAACAUUUGAUGUUUUAUUAUUUAUGUUAUUGGAGCUGUUUGAGGAACAUUGUUUUUAAACUGUUGAAUGAUUUUCUCCCAUUUGGAGACUAAUAAGAAAACUUCUGUCCAUCUUUAAUCCUCAGAGACUUUCAUGGACGCUGACUUUUUACCAAAUCAUCAAUAUGGUCAGCUGUUUGAAUUUACAUCAGUUUCCUUCAUUAUUAGCUCUAAAUUGUUGGUUUUAAUGUUUGUUUUUUUCCUGAAAUGUAAAAGUGGAUGAACAUGAAAUUUUAUUAGGAUGAUGAGAUAAAAGAAGAAAUAUUUUUUGGUUCAUUAUAUCAGAGAAAUCAGAGAAAUAAAAAUGUUGUACAGUUCUUCUAUCCAGUCAUUCAGUCACCAUCUGCAUCUCUUUGCUGUUUGUGUUUUUUCUAUUUUUUAGUUUUUGUCAUAUUCAGAAUUUUAUUUACAUGUUUACAUCUAACUGUAGUUGUUUCAUUCCUUCAGUUCCUAUU